GGUUUGUAGCUCUCACAAUACCCAUCUCACCUUUUCUUCUGUUUCUUGAGACCAAAAAAAAAGUUGCAGAUUCGAGGGAAAAAAAUGGCUUCUGGAAAAGCAGUUGCAGUUGCCAAUAUUUUGGCACUUUUGGGCAUGCUAAGCGUUCUUACGUUGGUUGAAGGAGGUGUGGAAUGUGAGAAGCUGCCAGCAGAGUUGUGUGCUUUCUCUGUCUCAUCGGCGGGAGCUCGGUGUGUGCUGGAGAAGAAAUACUCCCCUGUCACCCCUACUCAUGAAGCAUCAGUAGAAUUCCAGUGCCAGUCGUCGGGCAUAUUUGCAGAGGAGAUGAUUGAAUGGAUUGAGAGUGAGGAGUGCCUGAAAAGCUGUGGGUUGCAGAGGAUAAGUGUGGGCAUGUCAACAGACGGUCUUUUUGAAUAUUCUGAUUUCACCUCUAGUCUGUGCUCAGACAAGUGCCAAAACAAUUGCCCUAACAUUGUGAAUCUGUACCUCAAUCUGGCUGCAGGAGAAGGAAUAUAUUUACCUCACCUGUGCGAAGCUCACAAAACACGAAGCAGGAGAAUGAUGUUCGAGAGUUUUGCACCUGGGCCAACUGUGAUGACCUUUUCCCUUGCUGGAGAAGUUGGCUCCACACGCUAGAACAUAAUAUGUUACAUUUCUAAUAUUAUUGCAUUUAAACAAUCCUAUAUUUUUCAUUCAUAGAUUACGUGAUCUAUUGAUUUAGAGUUUAUCAUACUGUAGAUCUCAUAAGAUCAGCCAUUCUAGCUAUGAAUAGAUUUGUCGGAUUACAUAGAGUGUACCUAAGUUAUUAUUUAUUCAACUGUAUUUCAUUACAAUUUGCAGAAA